CACGACGAUUCCAACUCUUUGGCAUGCACCAACGGUACACGACACAACGCGUGAUUGCAAACGCCCUGUACGGCCAAGUGUUGUUGGCCAAAGACCAGUGGACGGGCGACUUGGUGGCCGUUAAAAAAAUGGAUGUGGAGGCAGCCCGAAAUCAUGAGAUCGUGCGCGGGGACCACCGCCACGUAGACGAGGACAUCGAGGUAGAAAUGCACGUGAACCGCGUCCUAAGCGCCAAGGGGGGCCACCCCCACAUCGUCCGCCUCCGGGACGAGUUCAUUCAAGACGGGUUCGACCAUCUGAUUUUUGACUACUGUUCGGGGGGCGACUUGUUCGAAGCGUUGGACCAGGGCCCCUUCAAAACAUCGGUCGCCCAGCGCUAUUUUGGUCAAAUUGCCCACGCGAUAGCGUUCAUGCACACCAAAGGCAUCGCCCAUCGCGACCUGUCGCUUGAAAACGUCUUGCUCCACAACGACCAGUGCUACGUUUGUGACUUUGGACUCGCAGCCUCCGUGUCUUGUCGCUCCCACGACAUUGUGGGGAAACCCUAUUACAUCGCCCCCGAGGCCCUCGAUGGUCGAGGGUAUGAUCCGUCCAAGGCAGAUGUGUGGUCGCUGGGAGUGAUGCUCUUUAUGAUGCUCACGGGGGUGCCACUAUGCAUAUCUGCCACGCUUAACGAUCGGCGCUUCGUGUACUUGAAGUGCCAUGGCCUUCGGGGUCUGCUUCUGUCGUGGCAUAUUGACAUGGGGCCUGAAGAACUGGACUUGCUGGAACACAUGCUCUGCGUCGACCCAAGCCGACGAAUUCGCGUCGAUCAAGUCUUGGCCCACGCAUUUGUUAAUGGCGGUGGUGGCUUUGAGCGUAUUGACAACUCCCAUUCGACAAAGACCGAGCCCCCCCCGCACAAAGCGAGUGUUACGUCGAAAGCGUUCGCUGUCAUGCUUCGAUUCUUCAGACAACCAAAUGUGGAUGUCCCGGUGAUGUAGAGACCGUCGUGCAGCCCAUCGGGGUGUCGUGUUGUCGGCCCACGAUUAUUUACCGUCGUACCGCAUCUAUUUACGUAAUACAGAGUUUUGUCCA